AUGAAGAUCAUGAUGGAGACAGGAAUGACGUUCACAACGACUGCUGAAAAGGAGAUUGUGCGUAACGUGAAAGAGCAGCUGUGCUAUGUAGCGCUGGACUUUGAAGAGGAGAUGACGAACAGUGCCAAGUCGGCGAACGAGGAGUCAUUUGAGCUGCCGGAUGGUAACGUGAUGAUGGUGGGCAACCAGCGGUUCCGCUGUCCGGAGGUGCUGUUCAAGCCGUCGCUGAUCGGCCUGGACGAGGCGCCCGGCUUCCCAGAGAUGGUGUAUCAGUCCAUCAACAAGUGCGACAUUGAUGUGCGACGCGAGCUGUACGGCAACAUUGUCCUGUCUGGCGGCUCUACUAUGUUCCGACAUCUGCCGGAGCGCCUGGCGAAGGAGAUCUCGAACCUGGCGCCGUCGUCGAUCAAACCAAAGGUGGUUGCGCCGCCGGAGCGCAAGUACAGCGUGUGGAUUGGUGGCUCCAUUCUGUCGUCGCUGACCACAUUCCAGACGAUGUGGGUGAAGAAAAGCGAAUACGACGAGUCUGGCCCGAGUAUCGUGCACAACAAGUGUUUCUAA